CGGUCUUCAAGAACAACACUGAGAGAUGUCUCCUGCUGCAUCGAGUGACCAAAGGGUAACCAGUACAGCGUUGGCGUUACUGUGAAGUUACUUCCCCAUGAAAAGUAGCCAGUACAGGGCGGGUGUUAGUAACUAGUAUUGGGUGAGUGUUACUAUGAAGUUACUAUCCUCUGAAAAGUAACCAAUAGUGAGCUGAUGUUACUAUGAAGUUACUACUGUCUAAAGAGUAACAAGUACUGGGCUGGUGUUACUGUGAAAAUUAACCUGUGCUGGGAUGGUGUUACAGUGAAGUUACUGGCCUCUGAAAAGUAACCAGUACAUGACUGGUGUUACUGUGAAGUUACUACCCACUGAAAAGUAACCGGUACUGAGCUGGUGUUACUGUUAAGUACCUCACACGAGUAACCAGUACCGGGCAGGUGUUACUUUAAAGUUACCACUUAUGGGAAGCAACCAGUACUGAGCUGGUGUUACUGUGAUGUUUCUAUUACUGGAGAAUAACUAGUGCUGGGCUGGUGUUACUAAUUAGUACUAGGCUGGUGUUAUUAUCUAGUACUGGGCUGCUGUUACUAACUAGUAUAGAGUUGGUGUUACUAACUACUACUGUGCUGGUGUUACUCUGAAGUUACUACCUUCUGAAGAGUAAUGAAUACUUAAAUGUGAGGACAAUACCUUCUUAAGGUAAUCAUUACUAGGCAACUGUAACUGUGACGUCCCAACUUACUGAAAUCAAUACUGAGACGUCAUUAGGGUAAUGAAUACUGAUCUAGUGUGACGGUGACGUCACUGUAUCGUCACUCCCUUCUCAAAGGGUAGUGACACCUCUUGUCUCCGUCUUGAGGGUCGUCUCUUACUGGAGGAGCGAGGUUGUGACAUCACCCAACAUGUACUGACCGCGUCCAGCGUCGCCAGCAGGGAAUAUGGCAAUCACCAGAAUAGCAGUGCUGAUUGUUCACUUCAUACUGGCACUGAUCAACGGAGUGACGUGUGUGACGGGUGACCUCCUGCAGCGGGUAGAAGUGCCCAGCUUUGCCUUCGCUGGAGGUCGCGUCAACGUGAGUUGCAUGUUUGACCUGAGGGACACGGGGCUGUACUCACUCAAGUGGUACCACAACGAUACAGAAUUCUACCGCUACGUGCCUACCGAAACUCACAGACCAGUUGACAUCAAACCUACCAUGAAGUUCCAAGCGCACGAAGUGUCACGGUCGGAGACGCAAGUUACACUCUCUAUCACUAGCAUGACCUCGGCAGCCACGGGCGAGUACAAGUGCGAGGUUAUCGCUGAACACCCGUCCUUCAGAACUGAAACACGCUCCGUCUUCAUGGUCGUCCUAGGUAAGUAGAGAAUAUCUUGACCAACAAGGA